CGCGGUGGUUAACGGUAAGCCUGCUUGCCAGUGUGUAGAGUGGAAGACAGGCGGUUGUGGGGGAAAGCCAACAAAAUAACAAGAAAAACUGUCCCUUGGAAGUUCUUCUGUCAUUAGACUAGAAAUCAUCAAACUGGAAACUUAAACAUGCAGAGUUACUUCCUUCAAACUGUCCUCAAACUGCACUCAAAGCAAGCUUGUAAUGUCCGACAGUGUGUCUCUCGCAUACUUCCAGCUACAUGUGGGAAGAUGCCUUUUCUUAUCCCUCAUCAGGGACAGCUCCUGCACAUGUCUCGCCCAGUUGUUGCCUUGGAACAGCGAAAGCCGAAUUUCCAAGCAGAACCAUCAUCCGCAAAGCACGUGGACACUGAGAAAGCCAAGUCAGAUGACCCUAAGUCUAUACCAAGGAGUGAUCCUGAUCAAGACACUUUAUCAGACUCAGUUCAAGAAACAUACUUUUCUGAGACAACCCCAAAACAAGAAGUAGCAGAUGUGGAAAAGGAUCCUCUCCACGACCACUCAAUUGGUCUAUAUCAGCGAUUCAAAAAGACAUUCAAGCAAUAUGGGAAGGUCAUGAUCCCAGUGCAUUUGUUGACAUCAAGCAUAUGGUUUGGUACAUUUUAUUAUGCAGCGUUAAAAGGUGUUAACGUGGUCCCAUUUCUUGAGUAUAUAGGAGCACCUAAAGGAAUAAUACAAAUUUUGAACCAUUCUACAGGUGGAAAUGCACUCACUGCUUAUGCAUUGUAUAAGCUUGCCACACCAGCUAGGUACACAGUGACCCUGGGAGGAACCUCCCUCGCAGUUAAAUAUCUUCGCUCUCAUGGUUACUUGUCGACACCACCUCCGAUGAGGGUUUAUAUACAGGACAGAAUGGAGGAAACCAGAGAGCGAUUCUCUGAAAAAAUGGAAGAAACAAAGGAACUGCUAUCCGAGAAAAUCCAGGAAACCAAAGACAUGGUCUCUUUCAGGAAGAAAAAAGAAUAAAAAUGUGGAGGACACACUAAAAACUUUUAAUUGUAUUAAAUAAUCUAAGAACUUCCAUCAUCUCCUGUAAAGUAAAAAUGCUCUAUAUUUUGUGACAAACUCUGAAAACUGCUGCUAUUGAAGAAUGCCAAUGGUAUUUCUGAAACUAUUUCCAAAUAGUCGAGUAAUUUUCGGCAGUGCGAUUCUUGUUUUUUUUAAAUAACUUAUGUGGAAAAGUUGCCAAAUGGUUCAACAAAUAGUCCUACAUUCAGUGGUGUAAACAAAACUCCUGAGCUUUGUAGUGGUUAUAAAAAGAAUGGUUUACAGUAAAUAUUUCAAGACUUGAGUUUUAGUCACUGAAUAUCAUAUGUGUCAGCUGAAACUUUGUGUAUUGUGACACCUUCAAGCUAAAUAAAAUGCAAACACUUGUAAUAUGAAGUGCAGUAUAUCAGUGCUACCCAGCAGCAAAUAGUUAUGUAAAUAUGAAAGGCCAGAGACACUCAGCAGGUCAGGCAACAUCUGUGGACAGAUGCAGAAGUAAUAUUUCUAGCAUGCUGAGUGUUUCUAACAGUUUAAGUUAUUAUUUCAGAUUUUCAGCAUCUGCAGAUGCUUGUUAGGCACUUAGAAGUAACCUGCUCAUAGAUCUCAGUUUGCAUUUUGCUAGGAUCACUCUCCAUCUGUCAUCAGAGCUUUGGUCCAAACAUAGCUAAGGAAUUUAAAUAUCAUGAUCUGAUUAGCUGAGGUAAAAGUAAUUGCCCUUGUCAUUACAACACUACCAAAAAUUAGUCAAUGAACAUUAAGCGUAACUCUGUCUCCAGUGAUUAGGUUAUAGCUGACAAGAAGAAGUGAAGUUUUGAUUGUUCCUGGUCCGUUUUCCUAGUCUCAGCCUAUUAUAUAAGAUCCUAAGGGCAGUGCCCUUGGGCUAAUCAUCUUGAAGCUGCUUCACUAGUGACUCUCCUUUCAUCAUAAGGUUGGAAGUGGGACUGCUUGCUCUAUGUUUUAUUACAUUUACAACUCCUAAGCAAAUGAUGUAGUUCAUGUCUGCAUGCACUAAUACCCAGCUUGCUUCCAAUAAUAGGCUGAGAAGUGGCAAGUGACAUUUAUCAUAAAAUGUUUUGGAAGAUGCCUUUCUCUAGUAAGGGAAUAUCUAAUCACCUCCCUUUGAUCUUUAAUUGCUUUACUAUCACUGAGUCCCCUCACCCAGCAUCAAUAAAUUGGCGGGGUCACCAUUCACCAGAACCUCAACUGGACCAGCUCUAUCAAUAUGAUGGCGAGAGGAGCAGAUCAGAGGCUUCCUAUCUCGUGUGAAUGGUUCACCUCUAGGCACCCCAAGCCUUCCCACUAUCUGCAAGGCAUAAGUCUCCAAUGUGAUGACAUACUUUCUCCUUGCCUGCAUGAAUACCAGAUUCAACAACUCGGAAGCAGCUCAACACCAGGAUAAAGCUGCCUGUUUAAUUAGCCCUUCUAUUAUCCACAUGAGAUACUCAUUCACUCCAAUGUCAGUGCAAAGUGAAUACAGUUUGUACCAGCAAUCAAAAGCAAUCAGUUAUUCCAACAGUUCCUCCAAAACCCACAAACUCAACCACCAAGAAGGUCAAGGGUACUAAGACACCUGGGAACACCACUAUCUGCAGAUUCCCAUCCAAGUUGACACUUUGUGAGUUUGGAACUGUCAGUCCUUCACUGUCAAUACAUUCUGGAACUCCCUAGCCAAUGUCACCAGGCAAUGAUGGAAAAUGGAUCACCACCACCUUUUCCUUAUCAAUUGGGGAUGGGUAAUAAAUGUAGAGUUUCCAGUGAUCCCAAAAACUGACAUUUUCUAAAAGUUUAAAUAAUUGCAUGAUCUUCAUGUUAAUUAUUCAAACAAGUCUUUGUAGUCUGUCCAAACAUAUCUGAUACACCUCAUUUUACAAUCAAACAAUUAAGUUUAUCUGUACCAAUGAUUGUUUUAAAAAGAACACUAUUCCACUUUAAUAGAAAUAAACAUGUAUUAUGUGGUAUAAGACACAUCCUAACACUGCCAAAAACAAUUUCUGUGAGAAGUGCAAGAAUUGAUUGUCACUAAUCAGUUGCCAAAACAUUCAAAUUCUGGUUUGUCUUCAUUAUAUCUUCAUUACAUCAUAGAAAUAUGCAGACUUUCAAAAUGGCUUUGACAUGGCCUGAACGGCUUGUGGAAAGUGUGAUCUAUUUAUUCAUCUGCUCAUUCUGUUGAAGAUUACUGUUGUAAAGAAGUGUGUAUUUUAACAUAAUCUACAUGCAUUGAAAUGCAAACUCCGCUCUAAAUAAAAUCUAA